AUGUUUCCUAAUGCAGCACCAACGGGAUCAACGCGACGAGUUUUACCACCUGAAUCUCCAGUUUCAAAUUGGAGUGUACUACUAUAUCGAAAAGUUGAACCAACUCAUUCAUUUCAUUCAUAUGAUGUAUCCCAAUCACCAAUACCUCAACAAGUUUAUGCAUCAUUUUAUAUUCAACUUCAACAACAAUACAAUCCAUCAUCAUCAAGUCAUUCCAAUAUACUUCAUUUACGAUAUAAAUCCCAACAACAAAAAAAUACUGUUGAUUCAUAUACACUUCCAUUUACGAUAUGUCUAUUAGAUGAUGUAAAAUUAUCACAAGAUACCACACCAGUUUCAUCAGCAACAGGAACAUCAUCUUCAAGAUUUUAUAAUGCUGAACAACAAACUGUUCGAAUCAAUCCACUAUCUGAUUGUCUACCAGUAUCAAUUCUUCGUGCUAAAGCAUUCCUUGGUAUAUUAGUAUUAAACAAUGCAACAAAUAGUAUCACUGCUAAUACUGCUGGUGUUAUUCGUCCAUUCAUGAUCUUUGUUACUGAAGAGACAUGUAUUGGACGAUUAUUUGAUGCUUAUAUAUAUCGUAUUAUACAAAUUUCAGCUAUUUCUAUGCGUGAUAGUCAAGAAGAUGAUACUUAUAUUGCUGGAAUAAAAAAAUUAUUUCAAGGACGAUGUUUUUAUUAUUCAAAAUAUUGUAAACCUGAAUCAACUAAUAAUAAACAUUAUUUUGAUAAACCAUAUGAUAUAACAUUAUGUGCUCAACGAAUGGCACAAGGACAUGAUAGUGAUAUACGAUUUUUUUGGAAUCGGGGUUUAUGUUUGCCAUUGCUAAAAUAUAAUAUUGAUAUUCGUUGUUGGAUUCCAAAAAUAAUGUGUGGUGGAAUCGAAAAAUACGGAAGCCAAAGUGAUGAUAUUGAUUUAUGGUUAAUAUCGAGAUUAAGUUGUGAGCGAGCUGGAACACGAUUUAAUGUUCGUGGUGUUAAUGAUGAUGGUGCAGUAGCAAAUUUUGUUGAAACAGAACAAAUUCUUCUUCUCCCUAAACAACAGAGUUAUUCAUCAUUUGUUAUUGUUCGUGGUUCAAUACCACUCUUUUGGCAUCAACCAAAGUUUCAAGUUGGCACUCACCGUAUAACACUAUCACGAAGUGAAGCAUUGAGUUUUAAGGCUUUCUUUGAACAUUUUGAACAUCUCUAUCGACAUUAUGGUCGUGUAUUAAUAAUAAAUUUAGUUGAACAACGUGACCACGAAAAACAUAUCGGAGAUGAAUACAGAAACUUAUUUAAUUUACUUGUUAAAACAUAUAAACAAGAACAAAAUAAUAUAAGUGAACGAGACUUUGUCUGGUUUGAUUAUCAUGAACAAUCACGUUCAGUUAGAAAUUUAGCACCUGAACAAUUUGUUCAAAAAUUAUUAAUUGAAAAUGCACAAUAUUCUAUUGGACAUGAAUUAGAACGACAAAGUACAUUUACUUGGAUUGAUGGAAGAAAAUAUAGUUUCCAAAAAGGAGUUUUUCGUAUUAAUUGUAUUGAUUGUCUUGAUAGAACAAAUAAUGUACAAUUAACAAUUGGUUUAAAUAUUUUAUGUAUGCAAUUAACAUAUUUAAAUAAACAAUGCAAUUUAUAUUAUAUACGGGAUCAUUUAAGAGAAAUGUGGAUUAAUAAUGGAGAUCAUAUUAGUAGAAUUUAUACUGGUACUGGUGCAUUAGGACAACGAAGUAAAGCAAAAGAUAUUCAACGUAGUGUUGGCCGUGCAAUACAAAAUAAUUUGCGUGACGAUGAAAAACAACAAUCAAUGCAAACAUUAAUUUAUUCAUAUUCAAAAGAUUCUUAUUUACAUGAACGUUCUGUUGCUGCUCUUUUUACUCCUUAUGUUAUAUCUGAUGGUAUUAUCUUAAGUGAAAUAUUGAAAAAUCGUCAAAAUUAUGUUCAAAAAGAUACAAUUCGUAUAUCUGUGGGUACAUGGAAUAUAAAUGGAGACAAAAAUCCAGCAUUAGAACAUGAAUAUCCAUCAAUUCUUGAUGCUUGGAUGCUUGAUGGACCAGAAAAUCUAGCAUGGAAACCAAGAAAAGCUAAUACUAUUCCAACUCUUGGAUAUGUUACUGAUGAUUAUGUAAAAUCUAUGCCAGAUAUAUUAGCAAUUGGUUUUCAAGAAAUAUGUGAUUUAACAGCUUCGAAUAUAGUUUCAAAAAGUUCAUCUAAUGCAAAUCGUUGGGUUAAAAAUGUAGAAAAUCAUCUUAAAAGAAAUUAUCGAACUCAUGAAUAUAUUCUAUUGGGUAUGGAUCAACUUGUUGGUGUGUGUUUAGCAAUAUUUAUUCGACGAGAUCUUGCACCAUUUGUCAAACACAUCGAUAUUGAUACAGUUAAAACUGGAAUGGGUGGGGCCAUAGGAAAUAAAGGAUGUCCAUCACGAGCAUUAUGGCAUGAUCAUAUAUUUUUUUUGGGUGAUUUUAAUUAUCGUUUAACAAUUCCACGUGCACGAGUUGAAAAUUAUCUACAAAAUCAAUCUUAUAUAGAGUUACUUGAACAUGAUCAAUUAAAAAAAGAACUCGCCAACAAAAAAGUUUUUCGUGAAUUUGAUGAAGGUCCAAUAAAUUUUCCUCCAACUUAUAAAUAUGAUGUUGGUUCAGAUGUAUAUGAUACAAGUGAAAAAGCUCGUACACCAUCAUAUACAGAUCGUAUACUUUGGCGCAGUAUAUCUCGUAAUAUUCAAGCUAAACAAUUAUAUUAUGGACGUGCUGAAGUUAAAACAUCUGAUCAUCGUCCUGUUAAUUCAAUAUUUGAUGUUGAUAUUGAAAAAUGUGAUGAAAAAAAUCUCUAUCAAGAAUAUGUUCAAUUAUAUAGAAGACUUGCACCAUCAAAUGCACUUAUUAUUUAUGAUAUGCGUGCUGAUUUAAAUCAAAGAAAACACCAGUUAAUAGAUGAAUUUGAUUUGUAUGUUAGAAGAAAAUAUGGAUCUGAUAUAUCAAUUGUUGAUCGAUUUUGUACUUCGAAUCAAAGAUAUCUUUCAUUAUAUAUGUUUUUUGAAAAUGGUGAACAUGCUCGAAGAGUUAUGCAACCAAACGAAGAUCAACUUCCUAGUGGAAUUUACUUUAGUAAACGUUUAAUAGAUUCAAAUGAAGAUAUUGCUUUAACUCAAAAAUUAAAUAUUCUUUUUACUGAUGCUGAUCAAACAAUGGGUUUAGAAUCGAUUGCUUAUGAUCUUGGUGCUUAUAAACAACCAGCUCGGGAAUCUCUUUCGACAUUACAAGAUGUCAAUGUAACUAAUAAUGGUCCCGGUGAAGAAUUGUCAUCGAUUAGUGGAAAUGACACAGACGAAAAUUAUCAAGAAGAUACGGUUGGUCAAUUGAUUUCAUUUGAUUCUGAUCAUCAUGCAUUAUUUGAUUUUUCAUCAAAUAAUCAUCUUCAAAGUCAACAGAUGGAUGAUUUGUUUAAUAAAAACUCAUUUGAUCCGUAUCAUUUUUCUUCUCGACCGGUAUCAAAUAAUACUACAACAAAUAGUGAUAAUCUUUUUUCAUUUGAUAAUCAUACACAAUCAGCUGGAUCGACUUUUUAUAUUGACUCAUUAAAAAUGACUUCUACUCCACCUUCUCGUCAAACUGAUUCACCGUUAAAUACCUUUUCGACAUCUUUAGUAAAUUCAACAGAUUAUGAAAACAAUAAUAAUCGUAGUACAUUUUAUUAUCAACCAUCACGACAAUUUGUGCCUACUCGACCACCACCAUCGGUACCUAUAACUGCUACUGCUGCACCUGCUUCUAUUUCUAAUAAUGAUGUUCAACGACCAUUGACACUAGAAAAUCUUAGUUUAAAUCCAUUUAAUAAUAACAAUGAGACAAUAAGUGAUUUACUCGAUUUAGGAGACCCAGGUUCACCACCUCCAAGUCCAAAAUUUGAUCCCUUUGGUUGA